AUGCAGCUCAACCUAGGAAUUACCGCUGAUGCUGCAGCUGUGCAUCGACACGAAUACUCGGCCUCCCCGGAGACACCGCAAGGAGCUUCAUCUGCUUUCUUCCCUUCUGCAAGAUCGAUACUAUCCCUGGGAUUUGCCUCUCUGACGAAGCAGGGGAGUACUGCGCCGUCUUCUUCCUCGAAUUCUGAGAGCCAGACGCCCACGGCCCAAGCUGCCAACACAUACCGGAGCAUCGUACCAUCAAGAUCCGUGGUAUUCCAGGAGCCCGCUACGAUGGAAGAAGCUGCCGCUCACACGGAGUCAGGAUCGGAUAGUCCCGAUGCGGGUGGAACCUUAGAUGACUCUGUCGACAGUGUAUCCAAGAAGAAUACCCAUCGAUCCAGGACGAUACUGCGCUUUGCCCACCCUCCACCAACUACCCGACAUAAGAGACUACUGAUUCGCCCCCGGCUGCUACUACAGCUCCAACAAGUCUCAAAUACAACUCGUCCCGUCUCUGUUCUCGAUGUUGUCCCGUCUUCUCUCUUCAAAGGGCGUGCUCAACGGAAACUAUCUGGCCCCUUUGCAGCACGGGACCGGAUUUAUACGUCAGACCUAAUUGUCCUACCAAGUGAUACAUACGGGCCGGUCGGUGCUGGCGAUGAGGACCAGCGCCUCGAGAGUGAUCUAUCAAAUGAGAGCCGUGAACCUGUUGCAACUAUAUCCCAAAUUCGCAAGGAUGAUUCUAAAUCAAAGGCAAACGCAGAAAUUUGCCUUUCCGAUGGCCUACAUUGGAUAUCAGAACCCCUGCCUAAUGGAGGCUACGAGUUUACUGCAACAGAUGAACAUGGAAUCAAGAAAUGUGUGCGAUGGGUCGCUCGUGGGAAGAGAAACCGUAGCGGAUCAAUUCAAGCGACCGGUCGACAGUCUCCUGGCCCUGAGGGAGGGAAGCGACUUACAUUCAGCAUAAUUGAUCCGCUAACUCGCCGUCAUCCGAUCAUAGGCUGGCUGUGUCGGACUGGAAUUGAAGUGCUGGACCAAGAAUCACUUUCAUCUGUUUACGCCAACCGCGAAUCCGACUACCGCCCAGGGUCCCCUCCAACCGAAACAACAACGAGACAUAGCCCGGUUGUAAUAGAUGAUAAGAUCCGACAGCUUAUCACCAUUACCGGGAUCUGGGUAGCGUUUCAAGAGGGCUGGGCUGGGAACCCACUCGUUACACAUAAUAUUGAAUCUUCCUCCAGCAACGGGAUAAGCAUUAGUCAACUCCCACCAUCCCCAGCCGGGGCCUCAGAACACCCUCCAAGCGCUGGCGUUGGAGAAGUACAAUCAGAUGGCCUCCCUACUCGCACGAAUAGUGGUCACACUACCAAUAAACGAUCAUCUUUAACCUCUCGCAUCCGCCAAAAGGGACGACGCACAACAGCCACUCAUACUCGCUCAUCGUCAAUACAAAAACAAUCCCCGCGUCGGAGCUGCUCUGACGAUGGCGUUGGUAAGGGCAGCGGUCCUUCAACUCCAACACACGCCCGGUCAUGCAGCAUGCUUUGCUCCGCAAGCCAGGAAUCUUCUCCAAACUACCCCCAUCGACCCAUUCAAACAAUCCAAGAUUCAACAGACCCUGAAACACCCGAUGAGAUGAAUGAUCAUCUCCAUGAUAACAAUCCUCACUCCUCUCCAGGGCAGGCUCCCAGGCAUCGCAGCAGGCAAACCAGCCCUGCACCCGUAUCCGGCGCCGGUUCUCCUGGACGAGACCGGGCAUCAACUCCCGAUCAAUCCACUACCUCUUCUGCUGGAAGCAAGGAGAAGAAAGGAUGGCGGAAGUUUGGCGGGCUGCUUGGUGCUGUUCGGCCCAAAAAGGGCCCGAAAACACUCAAGUAA